AUGUCAUAUCCAAAGAAUAAGAAAUUCCUUGGGACAAAAAAUUCUAAUGUCGUAGUCUGUAAGCGUGGUUUAGUGCAAGGACCGAAAGGCAUCCUCAAGCAGAUGAUUGCUGUCAGCUGCCCCCCUGAUGCCGUGACCUAUAGUUCCAUCAUCUGGGGCUUAUGCAACAGUGGCAGGGCCGGGGAGGCAGAGCGGAUACUGAAGGAGGCAGAAAGAAGGUGGCUCACAUUGACAGUCUUGAGCUACACCCCCCUUAUUCACAGGUACAGUCUCCAGGGGAAGGUCCUCACGGCCUCCAACCUACUCUUGGAAAUGAUGGAAAAGGGGCAUCCUCCAGACCGGGUUGCAUGUGGCGCACUCAUCCAUGGGCUCGUUAAUUCAGGAGAGAUCCAGGCAGCGUUGUCGAUCAGGGGGAAGAUGAUGGAGCGAGGUGUGGUGCCUGAUGCGGCAAUCUUCAAUACUCUGAUCAGUGGGCUCUACAAGAAGGGGAUGGUCCCUGCUGCAAGGGAUCUGCUGGUGGAGAUGCUGAACCUCAACAUCCUCCCAGAUGAGUUCAUCUAUGCCACCCUCCUUGACGGGUUCAUCAGGAAUGGUGACCUGUCCGAGGCAAGAAGACUGUUCUGCUUCUUGGGUGAAAAGAGCAUUCCCCACGGCGUUGUCGUCUACAAUGCAAUGAUCAAAGGGUACUGCAGGUUUGGGUUGAUGAGCGAGGCGAUCUUAUGCGCUGAUGAGUUGAAGAAGAAAGGGAUGCAACCUGAUGGAUUCACCUAUACGACACUCAUUGAUGGCUAUGUGAAACAGCAUGAUAUGAAUGCAGCUCUGAGAGUCUUUACUGAGAUGAAGAGGCAGAGAUGCAGACCCAAUGUUAUCACCUACUCGGCCCUGAUCAAUGGGUUCUCCGGGGAAGGAAAUUUUGAGAGAGCCCAGCAACUUAUCAGGGGCAUGCGAUCAGUCGGUCUGGUCCCAAAUGUUGUGACACAUAGUAUCCUUAUCGGCAAUGCAUGCAAAGCUGGCGAGCUUGAAAGAGCUGCUGUUUUCUUCAAGGAAAUGCUGCUUGACAGGUGCUGUCCUAAUGAUGUGACCUUCCAUUACCUUCUCAAUGGGCUUGUCCAUGCCGUUCCCCACCUUCAUGCAGUGGAUGAAGAUGGGCUUCAUGGGUAUGAGGGCUCCUUGCUGUUGGAGAUGUUCAGAAGCAUGAUUGCAGAUGGUUGGGAUCCCUGGUUGGCUGCUUAUAAUUCCAUCAUUUUGUUUCUCUGCCAGCAUCGGAUGCUCAAGUCUGCACUGGAGCUGAGGGAUAAGAUGCAGGCCAAGGGAUGUGCGAUGGAUGCUGUCACAUUUCUCUUCCUUCUUCACGGUUUUUGUGUGGAAGGGAGAUCUAGUGAAUGGGGUGGUGUUCUUGGUUGUAAUUUUCAACGGCAAGAGCUGGAGAUUUCCCUGAAGUAUACUCUCUUGCUGGACAGGCACACCAAUCAGGGAAUCAAGUCUGAGGCCUCGGCGAUUUUCUCAUCCUUGUUUGAAGAUCUCAAGUCUGAGAAAGGGUUGAAUUAUGGGUAA